AUAUUGGGGCAAUGGCAGACAAGCUCGCUCUACCGAUACUGCUACCAGGUCCCCCUCCCUCAAAACCUAUCUUCUCAGAACAAUCUCACCCAGCCAGCAACCCUUCUUCUUCUUCUUCUUUAACUUCUCUUCUGCAGGAGCUUCUCAUCCAGCACACCCCAAAUCCUCCUGGAAACCUCAAUAACAACCAACACCCUAACCUCCUAAGACGACGAAUUCGCCUCGGCAAAGCCCGUGACGUCAACAGAGGAAAGCCCUGGUCUUCCCAUGGUCUCUCCCCACAAGGUCAGAAAACACUACAAACACUCGUUAAUUGCAGAGACACAGACAUUAAUGUCGAUGAAAUCCUCUGUACUCUGACCCAUCUCGACUUAGAGUCUCUAUCAACUGACCUCUUCGGUAUAAUUAAAGCCUUGGGUUUCUAUAAGAAGUCUGAGCUAGCAUUGAGUGUCUUCAAGUGGAUGCGAAGCCACCCUGAUUUUGAAUCCCUCCUGAAAGACCCUGUCGUCCCUGUUCUUCUCGGAAUUCUUGGCAAAGACGGCCGGGUUUCUGCCGCCACUUCUCUGCUUCACAGUCUCCACACUGAUGGCUACCCAAUUGAUGUUUAUACUUACACUUCUCUCAUAACUGCUUGUGCGAGAAAUGGAAGAUAUCGUGAGGCGGUGUCGGUUUUCAAGAAGAUGGAGGAAGAAGGUUGCAGGCCUACCUUGAUAACCUACAAUGUGAUUCUUAAUGUGUAUGGUAAGAUGGGUAUGCCACAGAGUAAGAUUUUUGAGGUUGUUGAAUGUAUGAAGAAGGAGGGUGUUUUCCCUGAUUCAUACACUUAUAAUACUCUCAUAAGUUGUUGUCGCCGUGGUUCUUUGUAUGAAGAAGCUGCUAGGAUUUUUGAGGAGAUGAAAUUAUCAGGUUUUGCUCCAGAUAAAGUUACUUAUAAUGCACUAUUGGAUGUUUAUGGUAAAUCCAGGCGGCCUAGGGAUGCUAUGAAAGUUUUGCAGGAGAUGGAAGGUAAUGGGUUUCCUCCAAGCAUUGUGACUUACAAUUCUUUGAUCUCUGCUUAUGCCAGAGAUGGGCUUUUGGAGGAAGCAGUGGAGCUAAAGACCCAGAUGUUGGAGAAGGGGAUCAAGCCAGAUGUUUUUACUUACACCACCUUAUUGUCAGGAUUUGAGAAGGCUGGGAAAGAUGAGUCUGCUAUGAAGGUUUUUGAGGAGAUGAGAAAUGCUGGUUGCAGGCCUAAUAUGUGCACCUUCAAUGCCCUUAUCAAGAUGCAUGGGAAUCGUGGGAAAUUUGAUGAGCUGAUGAAAGUUUUCCAAGAGCUGAAGAACAGCCAGUUUAGCCCUGAUAUUGUUACUUGGAAUUCUCUGCUGGCAGUGUUUGGGCAGAAUGGUAUGGACUCAUUGGUGUCGGGGGUAUUCAAGGAAAUGAAGAAAGCAGGGUUUGUACCUGAGAGGGACACUUUCAAUACCCUGAUCAGUGCUUACAGUCGCUGCGGGUCAUAUGACCAGGCCAUGACUGUUUACCAGAGGAUGCUAGAUGCUGGUGUUAGUCCAGACCUUUCUACUUACAAUGCUGUUUUGGCUGCACUGGCUCGUGGGGGCCUUUGGGUACAAGCAGAGAAGAUACUUGCUGAAAUGAAGGAUGGCGGUCGGUGUAAGCCAAAUGAGAAUUCAUACAGCUCUUUGCUGCAUGCUUAUGCGAAUGGGAAGGAGAUUGAGCGAAUGUGUGCUCUAGCUAAAGAGAUAUAUUCUGGUAUAAUUGAACCCCAUGCUGUGCUCGUGAAGACCCUUGUGCUGGUUAAUAGCAAGAGUGACCUUCUGAAGGAAACAGAAGAAGCUUUCUUGGAACUGAGAAGAAAUGGGUUUUCUCCUGACAUAAUCACGCUAAAUGCCAUGGUUUCCAUCUAUGGUCGCCGGCAGAUGGUUGAGAAAGCAAAUGAGAUCUUGAACUUCAUGAAUGAGAGCGGGUUUACCCCUAGCCUGGCAACCUACAAUAGCUUGAUUUAUAUGUAUAGUCGAUCAGCAGACUUUGAGAGAUCAGAAGAAAUCCUCCGGGAAAUCCAGGUGUCGGGGCUGAGGCCAGAUCUUAUUUCUUACAACACUGUUAUUUUUGCAUAUGCAAGGAAGGGUCGGAUGCAGGAUGCCUCUCGGAUUUUAGCAGAACUGAAGAAUUCUAGACUUACUCCUGAUGUUAUCACCUACAAUACCUUCAUUGCCAGUUAUGCAGCCCACUCCAUGUUUGUUGAGGCAAUUGAUGUUGUCAAAUACAUGGUCAAACAUGGUUGUAGACCGAACCACAACACAUACAAUUGCAUUGUAGAUUGGUACUGUAAGCAUGGUAGACGAGAUGAGGCUGUCAUGUUUGUUAAUAACCUUAGCAAGCUUGACCCACAUAUUUCAAGGGACGAAGAAGGUCGCUUAUCAAAACGAAUAAGAAAGAAGUAAAUUUUGAGAUGGGCCUCUUCUUGGACAUGAGAAAAGCAGAUCAGUUGGUGUGCCCCUUACCCUCCUAUAAUAGCAUACACCUAGGCCUUGAUUUACCUUUCCAAGAUAUGUUUGUCACAGUUUCGAGCUUGAUCGGCGUAUUUCUAAGGAGGAAGAACGGCAGUGCUACUGUAUUAGGUUGCAGGUCGGUGGGUGUGCUCCUCAGUUUCCAAGAUAUGUAUGUGUUGAACCUUGAUUCUGAUACUUUUUCCUUUAUUUUUUUUGUUGUUAAAUAUGAAACUUAAUUUACAUAGUUCCUUUAGUUUCUGGACCUAAUAGCUGUGGAUGAUCUAGGUUAUUUAUUUAAACAAGCAUGAGCCCAGAGUUGUCUACUAAAUUCAGCAAUUUCAUCUGGCUCUUUGUUCUCCAUGAAAGAGAGGAUGGGGAACGUUGUACCCAUCAAGGUAUGUAGCUCUACUGUAUAAUUAUCAUUUUGUGCACAUGAUUUCUAUGGCCUUGGGCUUUAUUAUUUCAUGUUACUACUUUGACAAGUAAAAUCCUCUAAUUGUAUCCCAAGUUUUGUAUUAGGGUAAGGACAGAAUCUUUUCUUUCCUUUUAA